UGGUCCUUCCUCCUUUUCUACGUCCCUGAGUGAGGCCGGCGUCAAGAUGAAUGACACAGUGACAGUCAGGACCCGCAAGUUCAUGACGAACCGGCUGCUUCAGAGGAAGCAAAUGGUCGUCGAUGUCCUGCAUCCUGGCAAGGCCACAGUCCCCAAGACUGAAAUCAGGGAGAAACUUGCCAAGAUGUACAAGACCACCCCUGACGUUGUGUUCGUGUUUGGCUUCAGGACUCAAUUCGGUGGCGGCAAGACAACAGGCUUUGCCAUGGUGUACGACUCCCUAGACUAUGCCAAGAAGAAUGAGCCCAAACACAGACUGGCCAGACACGGUCUCUAUGAGAAAAAGAAGACCUCAAGGAAACAGCGCAAGGAACGCAAGAACAGAAUGAAGAAAGUACGAGGCAUCAAGAAGGCCAGUGUGGGCGCUGCUGGCAAAAAGUGAGCCCGGACAGCCAGGGAGGGUCUCCGUGCUCAAGAUGUUCUUGUAUAUUGUCAUCAAAUAAAGUUUG